CAGUUGUUUACAGCUCAACCAAGCAUCGCUCGCAUCACAUCGAACGCAACAGUAGAGGACAAGCCCGAUGCUACUCUUCUUCUUCGUCGUCGUCGUCUCAUUCUCCUCUCAAUUUUAUUAAUGGCGUCCGAAAUCGGUUUCCGUGGACACCGUUUUGCUGUCUUCCUCCCGGCGCAUAGGGAAUAGGAUCGAAUUCCAAGUGGCUGCUUACAUAUAUAUAGUUCUGUUGUUUCUGGGGAGUGGCGUUGGCUCGUUGCAUCGGCAGCCUUUUUCUGUACCGGCUUUGGUGGGUUUCGGGUGGUGGAGAAGAGAACGGAGAGGCGAUGGGUAAUAGCAGAGUCCGGACGACGUCGCAGGCGAUGAAAGCCCCCGUGAGGCGAAUUAAAGAAACGAACAAGGAGAAAAAAAUCGAGAUGCAGGUGAACAAGUCAAUUGGCACAAAAGAAGGAUUCAACAGACGACAGUCAAGAAGCGAAAAAAAGAUUGCUUUGGAACAAGAUGUUGAUAAGCUAAAGAAGAAGCUUAGACAGGAAGAGAAUGUCCACAGAGCUUUGGAGAGAGCUUUCACCAGACCCUUGGGCGCUCUUCCUCGACUCCCGCCAUAUCUUCCUUCUCAGACGCUAGAGCUUCUAGCUGAAGUAGCUGUGUUGGAAGAAGAGGUGGUUCGACUUGAAGAACAGGUAGUUAAUUUUCGGCAAGGACUUUAUCAGGAGGCCAUCUACUUCUCGACCACCAAGAAAAUCAAAGGAAAUGCAACUGAUCGAAGCUCGAAUGGACAACUUUCUCAAAGUUCCAAAUUCUCUGAACAACCUAAACAAUGCAGUACGUUGCCAAAUGGUGAAUCUUUGAUCUCAGCAAAACCUACUCACUCAAGACGAUAUUCUUUGGAUGUUGAGCAACUUGAAUCUUUACGUAAUGAGUCACUAAAUGUUAAGCGGACACCCAAUAAGCAGAGUUCUUCUUUGGAUUUUUCUGAGAAUCAACAAGGAAAAGAGAAUCAAUGGGUCUCUAACUUCAGUAGGAAUCCCAAGCAAUCGCCGGUAAAGAAAGUCACAAAAGUAAGAGUUGCUGCCUCAGAGAACAAGCAUGCUAAUGCACUGUUGUUAGUCCAGCCAGAAUGCGCUGUAAUGGAUAAAAAAGGUGUUGGAUUGAUCUUGUCUGAUGCCUCAGAUGAAGUGUUGUUGGACAAAUCUAGUGGCUCAAACAAAUUAUCUGAGGAUAUCUUGAAGUGCCUGAUGAACAUUUUCUUGUCGAUUAAGAGUUCAGAUGACAUGGAAACAUCUUCCUCAAGUUCAGGUUCUUGUGAGAAUAUUGUGGGGAUGGACUCCCGAGAUCCUUAUGAUAUAUGUGCUGAGUUUGGCAAGAGGGACAUUGGUCCAUAUAAGCAUUUUCGAUCAGUUGAUGUGAGCUCAAACGGUCAAAAGCUUCUUAUGGCAUCAUCAUCUUUCAAGUACAGGCUAAAGCCUUUAUUCAGAAAGCUUGAAUCAGUUGACAUAUCAAAACUUACACACUGGCAGAAGCUUGCUUUCUGGAUCAACAUUUAUAAUUCAUGCAUGAUGAACGCCUUUCUGGAGCAAGGAAUACCAACAAGACCUGAGAUGGUUGUUGCAUUGAUGCCAAAAGCAGUGAUAAAUGUGGGAGGUCACUUGCUUAGUGCAAUGACAAUUGAACAUUUCAUAUUGAGAUUGCCUUAUCACAUCAAAAAUGCAAAAGUCUCCACUAAAGGACCAAAAAAUGAGAGCACAAUAAUACGAGGAGUCUUCGGAUUGGAGUGGCCAGAACCUCUAGUCACAUUUGCUCUGUCAUGUGGAAGUUGGUCCUCACCUGCUGUGAGAGUGUACACUGCUGCGCGAGUCGAAAAGGAGUUAGAAACUGCUAAAAUGGAUUAUUUGCAAGCAGCAGUUGGCAUAUCCAAAUUAGCGAUUCCUAAGCUUCUUCACUGGUACCUGCUUGAUUUUGCCAAGGAUAUUGAGUCAUUAAUGGACUGGGUAUGUUUACAACUACCAGGUCAAUUGAGGACUGAAGCGGUUAAAUGCCUUGAGGAGAGCAAGAGAAGUGUGAUUCCCCAGGCAAUACAGAUUCGGCCUUAUGAAUUCAGAUUCAGCGGUAGAUGGAUAAAAUAUGCUUUCAGUCUCUUCUCCGGGGAAGGGAGGGUCGCAUCUGUGGAGGAGAAAGGGGAGAAGAAGAUGGAAGCUGAAACAGUAGCUCAAUACUGAACUAGUCAAGUGGACGAAAGGCGAUUGGGGAGCUCGAUGGCCAACAUCCUAUUGGCGUCAGCGCUGUAAAAGGAUGCUGGUGAAGUAGGAUAAUGGAGCUCGAAACUGAAGACUUCGAGAGAGUGAGCUGUGCGAUGUUCGGUGAAUGAUCCCCACCUAUUUUAUAAGUGAGGGUUAUUCAUCCCACUAAUGCAUACAAAAUGAUCAUCCUUUGGAUUGUAAAAAGUGAUCCAGAAAAUCCGUUCUCAUUUAGCGA